UCUCUGUAGUGCUAAUGCAAAGAAGAUACAGUACUUAAAAACUGAAUUCUUAUUAACUUGAUACAUGAGAUGGAUGAGAUACUUUUCAAAUAAUUGGCUUGAUCUUAACAAUGAUGCAAUCUAAACUGACCUUACUUGUGUCACCACACUUUUAAAUGUGUAUAGAUAUUGUGUUUGAUUGCUUUUUCCUGAUAAGUUCAGUGUUGUUUGUCAGUCUAAAUGGAUUUGCUGUUCAUAUGGGUUAUCCAGAGGUCUCUUGUUUAACCAUACAUUUACAUUCAGUGUAUAUGGUGACUUUUUUUAAAGAAAGGAUGAGCAAUUUUUGGGUGAGCCCACUUGAGCCCAGUGUUUCAUGGAGAACAACCAAGCUUAUGCUGUUGAGUCUCCUGUGGAUUUUUCCUCACUACUCCCACCAAGACCAGAGCCUACAAUGUGAAUUAAUUCCCGAUGUCAUGUCACUGCCUGUGCUGGAGCAAAAAGGGGACAUCAUCUUGGGGGGACUGUUCUCUCUUCAUGACAUGGUGGUGGAGCCCAGUCUGUCUUUCACCUCGAUGCCUCCUCCGACACAAUGCACCAGAUUUAAUUUUAGAACUUUCCGUUGGAUGCAAACUAUGAUUUUUGCCAUCAAGGAGAUCAACAGAGAUGGCAAACUCCUUCCCAACAUCACACUGGGGUAUAAGAUCUAUGAUUCAUGCAGUACACCCCAUCAGGCUCUGAAGGCUGCUGUGGAGUUAAUGGGAAGUGAGAAAGGUUCUGGGAUUGAGGGGAAGUUGCAGAGCAAAGGCACCUGUAAUGGAACUGUACCAGUGGUGAUUGGAGACGGAGGCUCUACUCAGUCUCUCGUAGUGGCUCGUUUCCUGGGAGUCUUCCAUGUGCCACAGGUCAGCUAUUUCUCCAGCUGUGCCUGUCUCAGUGACAAAAAGGAGUUUCCUGCCUUUUUAAGGACCAUGCCCAGUGACUUCUUUCAGGUAUAUGCACUGAUACAACUUGUCAAGCAUUUUGGCUGGACGUGGGUGGGUGUGAUUGCAGGAGAUGAUGCAUAUGGUCGUGGUGGCGCAAGCAUCUUUGCAGAUGAGGUUAGAAAAUUAGGUGCUUGCGUUGCCCUUCAUGAGAUCAUCCCGAAGAACCGAGCACAAACUGCCAUUUCAUCUAUCGUCUCAAACAUCCGCUCUUCACAGGCUCGGGUGAUUCUUGUGUUUGCUGUUGAACAAGAUGCAGCAGCGUUGUUUGAUGAAGCACUCAGAGGGGGUCUCACUGGGAUACAGUGGCUGGCCAGUGAGGCUUGGAGCACAGCUGCUGUCCUUUCCACCCCCAGAAAAUACCACCACAUCCUCCAGGGUUCUAUGGGAUUUGCCAUUCGGCGAGCACACAUCCCUGGAUUGCAAGACUUUCUGCUUCAGUUGAAUCCCUCAGGCCCAGAUGCUCAUGAAGAUCCCUUCCUGGUGCCCUUUUGGGAAGAGGUGUUUCAGUGCAGCCUGGGUGUGUGGGCUAAAGGUCAGCUAAAUAAUGUUGAAGGUAAACCUCCAUGCUCAGGAACAGAGGAGCUGGAGAGCAUAACAAAUAUCUAUUCAGAUGUGUCACAGCUAAGGAUUUCCUACAAUGUAUACAAAGCUGUGUAUGCCAUUGCACAUGCACUCAAAGCUAUGAGAAGCUGUGUAAAAGGAAAAGGACCCUUUUCUCAGCAGGCUUGUCCAGACUUAGACAAUAUAGAGCCAUGGCAGCUUCUUCAUUACAUAAAACAGGUGGCACACGUGAACUCAUUUGGUGAUGAAAUCAAGUUUGAUGAGAACGGUGACCCUGCAGCCAUGUAUGACCUGGUUAACUGGCAACUGAGAUCAAAUGGAGAAAUGGAGUUUGUCACUAUUGGCAAAUUUGAUGAGACAACCACAACUGAAAGCCAAAAACUUCAGAUCCAGGAACAUAAUAUUCUUUGGAACGGCAAUCAAACCAAAGUUCCCUUGUCAGUAUGCAGCAGCAUUUGUCCCCCAGGUACCCGGAAGGCAAUCAGACCUAACUUCCCUGUCUGCUGCCAUGAUUGUGUGGUUUGUACAGCUGGGGAGAUUAGCAAUCAGACUGAUGCCAUAGAGUGUGUGCGCUGCCUGCCAGAGUUCUGGUCCAACCCUGAGAGGACUGUAUGCAUCCCCAAACAGCUGGAGUUCCUCUCCUUUAGUGAUGCCAUUGGCAUUACUGUGACGGCUAUUUCCCUCAUUGGCUCCCUCAUCACCUGUGUUGUGGCCUUCAUAUUCUCCUGUCACAGAACCACCCCCAUUGUCAGGGCCAACAACUCUGAGCUGAGUUUCCUGCUGCUCUUCUCCUUGACUCUGUGUUUCCUGUGUUCUCUGACCUUCGUCGGUCUGCCCUCUGAGUGGUCCUGCAUGCUGCGACACACAGCAUUCGGCAUCACCUUUGUCCUCUGUAUCUCUUGCAUUCUGGGAAAAACAAUAGUGGUGCUAAUUGCCUUCAAGGCGACACUCCCAGGCAGUAAUGUUAUGAAAUGGUUUGGUCCUGUGCAACAAAAGGCAAUAAUUGCCUUUUGUACACUUGUCCAGGUCAUCAUCUGUACAGUGUGGCUGGUUGUAUCUCCUCCAACUCCACGCAAACUGAUGCCACGUGAGAGCGCUAUUGUGAUUCUCUUGUGUGAUGAAGGUUCACAUAUAGCAUUUGCUCUGGUCCUGGGCUACAUUGGCUUGCUGGCCUGCCUCUGUCUUCUCCUGGCCUUCCUGGCGAGAAAACUUCCGGACAACUUCAACGAGGCCAGACUUAUCACCUUCAGUAUGCUCAUUUUUUGUGCUGUGUGGGUUGCAUUCAUUCCUGCCUACAUAAGCUCUCCAGGGAAGUAUGCCACAGUUACAGAGGUGUUUGCUAUUUUGGCCUCCAGCUAUGGACUGCUGGGAUGCAUUUUUGCUCCAAAGUGCUACAUAAUCCUACUAAAGCCAGAGAAGAACACUAGGAAAUACCUGAUGUCCAAAGCUACUACUGACAAAUUUAAGGAGACCAUGUUCAUUUGAUGCAUGUUCUUUGCAAUUCCACACUUUUCCAACUGAUUAAAACAUUUUUUAAAAAAUAAAAAUGUGGAUGCUUGUGGGGGAAAAUACAUGGAAAUGGUGUCAGAGAAACCUGACCACCAGAUGGUAGUAGUGUGCUGUCAAUACUAUCUUAGGUCAUUUAUCAUAUCCCAUCAGGAAAUACAUAACCUUGCUGUCACACACCUUUAUUCUUAUAAAUAACUUUCCCCACUGUCUUUGUAAGCAAACACCACCAAACCCAAUUCUUAACGCGUGAAACUUCAACAUCAUUCACCAUCAUGCAAUGUACAGUAUGCAGAGCUAUGUGCUUUUUUUUUUUUUUUUUUUUUUUUUUUUAAAUCAAAUGGAUUUUCUUCCCAGCUACGUAUGUGACACCCCUGUGAUGCCCUCUGUGGAAAUGUGAAGUACAGAUCAGUGCUGGAUUUGGCAGAUGUGUUCCUGCUGAUUUGACCUGAGAUAGAAUGAUGAGGCCCAGAGUUUCUGAGGUAUGCUCUGUAGAAAUCCCAGCUGUCAUUGGUUAAUUAAACCCUCAUACUCCAGAGGCCUUUACAUAUAAACAUCACGCCUGGCUGUUCCCUAUAAUAACAAACUAAAACGUUAGACAUUUUCCUGGCUCCCCCAGCUGCUCUCAGGCUAACAUUGAUUAUCCAGCACUGAUUGAUCUGUUGUUCCUCCCUGGGCAGAGGAAUACAUCGAGAGAUGGAGAGACGGCGUGUCUCUGACGUCCAUCAGGGACAGGCGGGAGGAACAGGGAGGUGGGAGUGGCAGAUGGUCCAAAGUGUUUUAUUGACUCCGUAUUACUUGAUUUACAUUUAUUUCAACCCUUCGUUCUACUUCGUCUUUGCAUUUGUACCCCUUGUCUGGCCUCCUCUGCAGCACUGCAAAUUUCAAUAACUGUAAGGCAGCGGAUUGAUUUCUCCUCAUAGUGUGCUGCCUGUCUGAUUAAUUUUAAACCAUAAUCUUUAAAAUCACAGCACUAUUUGCUUGAUUUAAUUAAGGAAACCAGAAUAGAUCAUUUCCAUUUGAGGGUUAAAUAAUUAAUUUGGUAUGAGAAAACACU